GUCGCCUGCUCAGAGCUCGGUAGAGCCAGAGAAAGAGAGAGCUAUGCUUGGGGCGGUGGGCUCCCUGGUGGCCACUGUCUGGGCGGUGCUCCACCUCCGCACCCUCCUGCUGGGUGCCGUCGCCUUUCUGUUCUUUGCUGAUUUCCUCAAAAGACGGCGCCCAAAGAACUACCCGCCAGGUCCCCUACCCCUGCCCUUCGUGGGCAACUUCUUCCAUCUGGACUUUGAGCAGUCUCACCUGACGAUUGAGCGGUUUGUGAAGAAAUAUGGAAACAUUUUUAGCAUGCAGCUUGGUGACUUGCCUGUAGUUGUCAUAACUGGAUUGCCCUUGAUCAAAGAAGUCCUUGUUGACCAGAACCAAAUCUUUGUGAACCGCCCUGUGACUCCUGUCCGAAGACGUAUCUUCAAGAGCAAUGGAUUGAUCAUGUCCAAUGGUCAAACAUGGAAGGAGCAAAGAAGGUUUACCCUGGCGACACUAAGAAACUUUGGUCUAGGAAGAAAAAGCUUAGAGGAACGCAUUCAGGAGGAAGCCCAUUACCUCAUCCAGGCAAUAGAAGAAGAGAAUGGACAGCCUUUCAACCCUCACUUCAAGAUGAACAAUGCAGUUUCCAAUAUUAUUUGCUCGAUUACCUUUGGGAAGCGCUUUGAGUAUGAGGAUGAACAGUUUCAGGAAUUGCUGAGGUUGCUGGAUGAGGUCACAUGUCUGGAGGCAUCAAUGAGAUGCCAGCUCUACAAUCUCUUUCCAUGGAUUAUGAAAUUUCUUCCUGGACCUCAUCAAACACUCUUUAGCAACUGGGAGAAACUGAAAUUGUUCGUUGCUCAUAUGACUGAAACCCACAGGAGAGACUGGAAUCCUGCUGAACCAAGAGAUUUUAUUGACGCUUACCUCAAGGAAAUAGAAAAGAACAGGGACAAUGCUACAUCAAGUUUCCAUGAAGAAAACCUCAUCUAUAGCACCCUGGAUCUCUUCUUCGCUGGAACCGAGACAACUUCAACAACACUGCGCUGGGGUCUGCUUUACUUGGCCCUCAACCCAGAAAUCCAAGAAAAAGUCCAAGCUGAGAUCGACAGGGUGAUUGGUCGGUCACAGCUGCCGAGCUUAGCCACUCGAGAGUCCAUGCCCUACACCAAUGCUGUCAUCCACGAGGUGCAGAGAAUGGCAAACAUCGUCCCCCUGAACGUGCCCAGGGAAGUGACAGGUGAUACCACGCUUGCUGGAUACUACCUGCCCAAGGGGACCAUGAUCCUGACCAAUCUGACUGCACUGCACAGGGACCCUGCAGAAUGGGCCACCCCCAACACAUUCAAUCCGGAGCAUUUUCUGGAGAACGGACAGUUUAAGAAAAGGGAAACCUUUCUGCCUUUCUCAGUAGGAAAGCGGGUGUGCCUUGGAGAACAGCUGGCCAAGUCUGAGCUGUUUAUUUUCUUCACUUCCCUUGUGCAAAAAUUUACCUUCAGGGCCCCCAACGAUGAGAAGCUGAGCUUGAAGUACAGAACGGGCCUUACCAUCUCCCCAGUCAACCACCGACUCUGUGCAGUCCCUCGGUCCUGAUGUCUGAAGUCGUUGGGCAGGGAGAGGAGAAAGGAAAGCAAGAAGUGUGGUGUCCUUGAAGGCACUGGCACCUCCUCAGAAGGGAGGUGGUGAAAUGGAACGUGACUCUAAGGGACAGUCAUAGGAAUUGAACUCAGAGGAAGCACAAUCCGAAUCCCAGCCUUGCUGUUUUCUCUGAUGGAGCCUUGAGCAGAUCCGUUAUGUUGUGAAUGAUUAACCUUUUCACCCAGGAGAUGAAAAGCAGGUAACGAUUCCUCCUCUAAAGGAAUGGACUUUGAGUGAUUUGGAAACCAUACAGCUUAUCAGAAAAAUUAGAGCUGAAAUCUGCCUUUUUCCUGCUUGCUUCUUUAGACAGGGAUUUGCUUCUAGCCUGUGGAGGUGGCUCAGGUCACAGUGGUGCCAAAUGUUUGAUAAGAGCUAGAAUUUGGACCCUGGGACAGCCAGAGGCUGACCUCAAACGCUGUCAAACUUGCUGGCACGAUCCAAGCUUUAUCUUGAUCCCACCCUAGAAUGGCCCUCUGGGAAGUCAGCCAGGCAGCUAGUACUCCCUAUUUAUAUGCACGUUUCUAUGAGGAAGCAGUUUCUGUGGUUUACUUAAGGGAAUACUACACUGGCUUUGGAAUCAGGACCAAGCAGAGUGUGACCACUACCAAUUAAAUGCGGGGAACAUGUUUGGGAAACAAUGUGGAAUUUAUCUUCCAUCCUUAAGAGUAUCUGUUUGCCUCAAUUCCUCUAUCAGGCAUCUUUCCUCAAGGAUUUAACUAUGGGGUGGGUGUGAACUUUUCUGGCAAACAGAUGACCCUGGUCAGCUUCUGAAUGGUUAAAUAUUACCAGCCUAAACUCAACAGAGCCCUGGUACAGUAUUUUAUAGUAGGGAACCAGAAAUGCCAGAAUCCUGCUCAGUCCUUCUGCAUGCAGUUGCUAAGGGGAGACAAUGGCCAGAAAA